ACAGGACCCACUGACACAAAUCAACUGAUUUGGACUCUAAUUACGGAAAACGCUGCUGUUUAAACCUAGCAUACUCAUAGUUCAUCAGGUGAUUAUCAACAACUUGCAAGUUAACUUUAGGGAUAUACUCGGUAAGUGAGUCUACUUUUAAAAGUUGUAAUGCUGCUGAUUUUUUUUUAUUCUAAGGAAAUAAGUUGUGCUGCACCAGAAAAACAGGAGACUAUUCUUUUGAAUAUCUGUCAGCAACUUUACCAAACUAGGUGCCUUUCUUGUGUUCAACUUUUGAGGGGUCUCUCCCUCGCUUGACUUUAUUCACCAUGCAACAACGGUUUCCCCAUAGGAUGUACCCGGAGGGGAAGGUAUUUUGGUGAAUUAAUUUGAGAACGUUUGAACGGGAAUAUUGCGUCAAUCUGCGUUGACCGGGGCCACUAGUCUACCUGUCACCGAAUUAUUUCAACCCACCACUCCCAACGGUCCCCUCUGGUGCUGUCUACGGUGGGUCGCCUGCCUUGCGCCACGCCCGCUAACCGUGAUGGGGUGCCGUUGGAGUCCGGGUGCUGUCACGUUUUGGAGAACUACCGUUUUCCUGCUCAACAUCGCGUGCACAGCGUUGGCAAAGAGACACGUCGUCUACUGGAACUCCACCAACUCUAGGUUGACGGGAGGUGAUCUGUCCAUCCAGGUGAAUCUGAAUGACUACCUGGAUAUAUUCUGCCCCCACUACCCUCACCCGUCUCCCCCCAGUGAGGAGGCCUCCCCCCAGGCCCCACCAGGCAGCCUGGCCCUGUACCUGGUGGCUGAGGGGGGGUUCAGGGGCUGUGUGGAGACCCAGGGGGCCAUCAAGAGGUGGGAGUGUAACACGCCCCACGCCCCUUUCGGCCCUGUCCGCUUUUCAGAGAAGAUCCAGCGCUUCACCCCCUUCUCUCUGGGCUUUGAGUUCCUCCCCGGACACCACUACUACUACAGCUCAUUGCCUACAGGGGAAAGCUCCCCCCUGCCCUGCAUGAAGCUGCGAGUCACAGUGUGCUGUGAGCCCACAACCGAAGGAUCCAAGCAGAACAAGCAGGAACAAGGUACUCCAGCUCUUCACAGUGAUGUUUGUUCAAUGAGGACAGUUCCUCUUUCUCUCCUCCUCCUCACCCCACUCUUUAACUUUCUCUCUAUCUAACAUCCCUCUAUUCAAGCUGACCUCCUGAGUAUCUGCCAUGCCCACUGUAGAGAUGGCCUGCCUCACCCACUCAGCCCCUACUUUAAACUAUCCACACCUCAUAGGGAGGCCGUCUUAAAUUCAGACCCUACGUUGACUGCAGUAGGGUAGACUUCAACACCACAUACACACACACUCCAACACAUCACCUCUGUCAUUUCUGGAGUGUACUAAUCUUUCUCUUCUUGGUCUCCUCUUUUCUCUCUGUCCACUCUCUCCUCUCGUUCCCUCUCUUCCAUCCCUCGCUCCUGACUAAAGCUCCCUCUGAAACAGACCGGCACUAAUCUACCAUCAAAGCUCUCAUUCUUCAUUUCACACCUUUAUCCUCUCCAUCACUCCAUCCUGUAGACUUCAUCUAUGUCCAGUCUCUCUCUUCCUCUCUCUGUCUCUCUCUGAACAUAAUGAGCCAGCUGAGCCAAAGUGGACCAUCCGGACGUUGUUCUGUUAAAUUACUACUGAGAGGACCAGACUUGGAGGUGACUGGCUGUCAGAGUUGACUGCUUCUGAACAGAACCAUGUUUUUGAGUUGACAUCAUUGGAUUUGAAAGUCCAAAGUGGGACCAAGUUGAAAAAAAACACAGGAACACCAAACGUUGUCCAAACUUUAUUUAAAAAGUUAACCAGUGACGACACUGCCUAAACCAGGAUAUGCUGUGUGCGUGGAACCCUGGGAAUGAUGAACUGGAUAUUGUGACUGGUCUGUGACACCCUCUACUGGGAUUGUACUGGUUAGACUGGUCCAACUGGUCUGUAACACCUGACACUCUGGGAUUGGAGAAUAGACCCUGCUACUCUGUGGUCGUAAUCUGACCAUAUCUGGAAUUAACUGGACUGUUUCUGGUGGUUUACCUCUGUCUUAAAAGGCAAUCAAAAGGAAUUGUGGGAAACACACUGAGGGUAGCGCCUCACUUCACCUCACUCCACCUCACACGCUCCAAACCACAUCGGCUGAUUGGCAGAUGCUCCUAACCAACCAGGUGUGCAGGUAUUUAGACUGUCUGCUGAGGAUUUAACCAGGCGAGGCCCUCCACCAAUGAGGAGAGGCCUAAAGCUGGUGUUUAUGUUUGAAUAGAGGUUCUUAUUUUAGCGCAGUAAAGACUCUGCUUUAGGUGUUUUAGUUAAAUAUUGAUGUUUUGUAGAGGUCCAGACAUGUUGUCAUCCAUUUGGAUUAUUUGAAACAUUCUGAAAAAUCUGUAAAUUUUUACAUGGCUGAACUUUUUUUAUACAAAUGUUUACACGUGUAGAUUAAACCAGAUUGAUGUUGCUUAUAGCGCUAUAAAAAAAACUAAAGCUCUUUAAUACAGGUUACCCUGUAUUUGUAGUUAUAAAACAUCAAUUUUUUAUCAUCUGUUCAUUAAACAAAUAGCAUAAACGAAUUCAAUUUUAUUAUCAAUGCAAUUUAAAUUCAUUAACUUGAUUUUGAUUGUGUCAUAUCUUUUAUCUGUUGGUUAGAUAUAGGACAUUUAUGAAUUUAUUAGUUUAAUGCAAUUUCAUUUUCCUAUCACAAAAGUAAUAUCAGGGAACAAUAAAGUGCAUUUACAGUAGAAGUGUGUUACAAAUAUCACAAACCUAACAAAUAUACAUGUUUUGUUUUCAAAAGUGAGAGAUAUAACUGAAAUUAUUCUUAUUAAUUUAAUCCCACAAAAACAAGUGUAUAUUUAAUUAAAUUAAUAAUUCUGAUUAUUUGCUUACCUUAAUCCAACAUUAAUCAUUGACAAUUUACCCCCAUUAAUCUUUCUUAAAUACAGGCUUUUCUGGGCUGCAGUUUUUUCCACAAUCUAAUGUUGUCUUUGGUCACAGCAUUUAGAAAACAACGUUUUCUUUCAGAAUAAAUAUGUUGACUAUUAGUUAUACCUGUAAGCACUUACUCAUGAAGAGGAGUCUGUAGUAUUACUUUACUCACACAUUUGGAUACCAAUAUACCUUCAAUGACAGUUACAUCAUUUCUUUCUGGUCUACGCAGGUUAUUCAGUAAUGUUCUGAUUGUUCCAGCGGUGUGAACACUGAUGUCUGGAACCAUGUUGUAUAAAGCUGGUGCUACCAGAUGUAGAGUUUAUUACGAUCAGAUCAUAGGAAAAAAUAUUUGUCGUUUUGUUUUUUCGUUUUCACAUUUUAGUGAAGAAUGUAGCAUCUUCUAUGAAGAGCGAACUGCAAUCUGAGCCCUUUUAUACAAGGUGACGACAAAAUAAAUAUGAUUGCAAUAAGAGUGAAUUUUCUUAACUAGAUUUUCCUGGUUUAUUUGUCUUCAUUUUUGUUUCUUUGUUUUACUACAGGA